AUGUACUGGCCGCUGGGAGCCCCGCGCAUCUAUGCAAUCAGCAGCUCCCGUAACGCCGAUUUCCGCCCCAUUGUGUCCCAUGAUGGCCUUUCCCAGCCCGAUCACCCUGACCAACGCUCUGAUGCGAACUCUCAUCUGUACCCCGACUCGGCAGCCCCUCUCGAUACCUCCUUUUCCCCAGUGACGCCAGUGACGCCUUUAACCCCCGGCAUCAAGCCCGUUUAUGAUGACCAACCCGAGGAGAACGGUUCCGACCUCCCUGACGGGCCGGCGCCCCUAAUCCUCCCUUCGCGGGAGCCCAUCGUCGCGCUGCGCAUGGCACGCCUUGGCCAGAUGUUCGCCGUUAUCACAGCAACGUCCUUGACCAUAUGGCAGACAAAGCCGACCGUUGUCCUCGCCAUUGUUGUCCGCUCUGAGUCCUCUCUCAAGACUUAUGGGACGAACAUCAACUUGCUGCUGCGCCCUGACUCGGCUAUCCUUGUUAUUCACACGAGCUUGGGAUACUUAAUAACAUACUCUCUAGCCACCGAUCAAGAUUCGCGGAUCUACCGACCGCAUUUCCCUAACCAUACAAACGUUCAGCGUCGGCGCCAGACCUAUGCUGGAGAGCCAGGCCAUGCCGCCCCCGAUCAAAUUCUCUGGGGACCCGGCGAAGGGUCAGGGGUAAGGGAUGUUAGCGUUCGCUUCCGAAUGGUCAUCAAGGUGGACGCGGGGAUUGAGAGCGCCCUGGCCCUUGAUGAUGAAUUGGUUGUUGCAACACGCAAGCCAGCUGCUGUGCAGUGUAUCCGUUGGAGUCCCGAUAGCUCGGGCAACCAGACGAGCACAGAGUUGUUGAGCCGAGCUGGGUGGCUGGAGAAGAAGGUCACGAUCAAGGAGAUGACACACGAUAGGCCCAUGAACCUUUCGACGUGGAUCACGAGCGAUGGGAGGGCCUAUGCGGUGCAGAGGCUCACUCCCGGCCAGCAGGACGCUGGCUCCAACGAUAGCCCUUCUGAUCCCAAGAAGCUGUUCAAAGGCUACUGUUUCCAUAUCCCCGAGACCGAGCAGGAUUAUGCUGUGCGGUGCAUGAUCAACGCUCGUUUCUCGCUUAUAGCAGUGGGCUGUGCCAACGGUGUGAUUCGCGUCUAUUCUGCGCGCGACUACUCCGGCAAUAUUCCUCCUUCGCACAUCCAUACGCUUCCGGUAUCUGCUGCGGUGUCCGGCAAACUAACCAGUAUCAGUUAUUCUCCUGAUGGCUACUGUCUUUUUGCCGGCUACGAAAAGGGUUGGGCUACUUGGAGUGUCUAUGGCAAACUUCUCUUCAACAGCUUUAGUAUCGACCAUUCUAUCGCUUCCGCGAACGAAGAAAAGUGGCUGUUGGGAGUUCAAGAUGCCGCAUGGAUUGGAGGGGCCUGCGAUCUGUUGCUUGCCAGCAGGGAGCACGAAGCCGUGUGGCUGCUAGAAAUGGCCCGAAGUGCCUUGACGGGCUGCUACAAUCAGGCCAAUCUCUUCCGCACCGUGCUGCAGAGCACGUCAAGCAUCAUGGUCUAUAGAGGCUAUGGCCUGCCGGACUUGACAUCCAUUUCUGCCGAACCGUCGCUCUGGCACACAACUCGAAUACCUUCUGUCUAUUUGCUCAACCAGUGGCCCAUCAGAUGCACAGCCGUUUCUUCUGACGGUCGCUAUGUUGCUGUGGCGGGCAAAAGAGGCCUUGCUCAUUAUAGUGUGAAUAGCGGGCGAUGGAAGACAUUCAGCAACGAGGACAUGGAAAACGAGUUCCAGGUCCGGGGCGGGAUGUGUUGGUACCAGAACAUCUUAGUCGCAGCCGUUGAAACGAACAACAGAACAUUCGAGCUGCGACUCUACUCUCGAGAGGCGUCGCUCGAAAAUGGUACCGUCACCUUUUCGCUGCAGAUGCCAGCACCCGUGGUUUUGAUCACCACAACAGGCGAGGACUCGUUGUUGGUUUACACCUACGAAAAUCUGCUUUACCACUACGUCUUUACAUCUACAUCCGGCUCAGUCCGUUUGGUCGAGGCGGGACACAUCGCCUUCCAUGGCAUUGUGAGGUCACCGGCUCGAGUCCGAGGUCUUAGCUGGAGUUUGCCUGACCACCAACUUCUCGAGGGAGACCCCUCUCAAGACGUUGCUCACGCAUCGGUCCUAUUUCUUGUUGAUGGCAAGCUGGUGCUCUUGAGGCCAUCAUACAGUGAAGGCAAUCUCAAGUACGACAUGCGCAUCAUUGCCCACAACGUCGAAUACUAUAUGAACAUGAGAGAUCAGCCUCGUUCUUUCGAAACAACAUCCGCUCGGCUUGAUCAGUUAAUGAGUCCAGUGAGAGGGAGGAUCCUCGACAAUUCCUUGUGGCUGUUUGAUGGGGAUGAGCUGAAAGUAUGGGCAAAUAUCGAGCAUGUCUUCGCAGCGGUGUCUGGAGAGUCAUCGCGUGAACUUCCCUCGGCAUUCUCGAUAGCGUCCGACUUCUACCCCCUUUCUAUCCUCCUCCAGAAGGGUAUCGUGCUUGGAGUUGAGUCGGAUCUGAUUCAACGCCGUGAUAUUAACUUUUCAUUCUUCCGGUUCUCGAUCCGAACCCAGCUCUUCCUUCCUGAUACGCUGCGUUUCCUGCUUAGCGCAGAUAGAUCUGUUGAAGCUCUACAGCUGGCACAGCAGUAUGAGCAUCUUGAAUAUUUCCCUCAUGCUCUCGAAGUUCUUCUUCAUCAUGUUUUGGAUGAAGAAGUUGAUGCAAAUCCUACGCCAACGCCUGAGGAAGCUCUUCUCCCACGUGUACUCUCUCUUUUAUCAUCGUUCAAACAGUAUCUUGAUAUCGUGGUGCAAUGCACACGAAAGACAGAAGUACGCUCGUGGCGCACUUUGUUCGCGUAUCUUCCUCCUCCGCAAGAGCUCUUCGAGGAGAGCCUGCAGCGUGGUAACUUGAAGACGGCCGGUGGUUAUCUCUUGAUUCUUCAUACGUUUGACGAGUUGGCAACAGCAAGUGAGCAGAGCGUGCGGCUGCUGAGUCGUGCUAUGCUCGAAGAGGAUUGGGAUUUGUGCAAGGAGCUCGCACGAUUCUUGGCCGCUCUUGACGACACUGGGAAAACGCUGCGAGAAGCAAUGGAGCUGGCAACUGCUCGUGUCCAGCGAGGGUGCGACAGUGAAGAUGGAUCUGUCAGGAAUGGUUUCAUGUCAAGUUUGGACCCGCCCUCACGAGGGUUGGAUGCAUCUUCUGAUGGGAGUCUCGGGGGAGCCGGUUCAGGAAGAGUUGCAGGAACCGAUUCGGACGCGGAUGACGCAAAUAUCGAUGCUCUUGGGUUCAAAUUCAGGCAGACACGCCAGAGGCAUACAUCUUGCAGCGCGCCAGACCAACCCCCGAACCUUGUCGAAUGGCGGACCAGGCUGUUCGACUUGGAUGAACCCGUUAUCAUGAGCGAGGAAGAGUACAAAACCUACUUCUGCUGGAUCGACAAUGUCUACUCGCACCGCUCCACACAACCACUCAAACGCGGCGGCGGCAACGCAACGGCGUAUUACUACGACUGUCGGCUUAAGGGGCGGCCUGCAGGAGGAAGCCCCUCAUCUUCCGCCAAUAAGAAGGCCAACGAGGACGAUGAUAACAAUCCUGGGCCACCAAAGAAGAAGCGCAAGCGCAAGUCCAGGCCCCUCAAUCAAUGUUCUGUCAAGGUCAAGCUCACACACUACCUCGGCGGGCCGGGCUGCUCCCUGGAGUCGUUGCUCAGGGACCAUGACGGCGGCGGGCUGGCACCGGAUAGUGGACCGGUGAAGGAUGCCUUGGCCAGGGGAGUCACUGGAGAAAGACCGUUUUGGGUGAUGCAAAGGAUUGUAAACCAUAACGGGGCCAAGACUGGGGAAGAGAGAGGGAAGGAGCAGGGAGAUGAGGCAGAUGGGAGAGAUAAUAAGAGAAGGAAAGCGAGCGAUAGCACUAGACAUACCCAUACACUGGAACGUAGUGAUGAGAUUAAGAAGUGUAGCGUGCUGCGAGAGUUUGCUGCGCGGUUACAACGAGCCAGGAGAAGGGAGCGUGGAAUAUGGACACCAACUGGGGAGGCUGCGAAGACUGUUGAAAAUAGGUCCCAGGAGGCACCUGUCAAGUUCUAUUCAGCUUGUUUCUGUCCUUUCUCACAGCGAGUCUGGAUUGCUCUUGAGGUGAAGAAGCUCGAUUACCAAUACUGUGAAAUAUACCCUCUGCGCAAGCCCAAGCCAACACCCUUACUGGAGGCAAAUCCGAGAGGCCUUGUUCCUGCCAUACGUGAGGGUGACUGGGCGUGCUCUGAGAGCUCGGUAAUCCUUGAAUACCUUGAAGAGAGGCCCAUGCCUGAGAAAGGAGGCGCAGUGCCCCCGUUGCAUCCGUCUGAUUCCAGGCUGCGCGCAAAUUGCCGUCUCUGGAUUGACUUUAUCAACACGAGGAUAGUGCCCUCCUUCUUCAACGUCAUAGCAGCAUCAACAGAGAACAUACGCCAGGAAGGACUCCGUGGAGGUGUACCAGGGCAGACGCUCAGCAAGGCAAAACCACCAUCGGACCUGCACGCCUGCACACCUGCACAACGACGCCCGCCUGUCUCCCGUUCCCCAGAGCCACUACCCCUGGUAUCAUCUGUCUCGGCUGCCGACACCUGCUCGCUGCUGCGCGUUUUUGCUUCCAUUGUCGGCCUCAACGUCUGCAACACAGACUACAUGGAUGAAUACGGGACCGAGUCCGACAGUGACUAUACCAGCUACUGGAGGGAUUGGUUCAUCUCAUCCCGUGGUAACGAGUACUUCUGCGAAAUCGACGAGGAAUAUCUGACGGACCGCUUUAACCUUACCGGCCUUAACACGGAGGUUCAGUAUUAUCAGUAUGCCCUGGAUCUGGUGACCGAUGUCUUCGAUCUCGACUGCGACGAUGAGAUGCGCGAGGCCAUCGAGAAGUCAGCCCGCCAGCUGUAUGGCCUUGUCCAUGCCCGAUAUAUCGUCACGACUAGGGGUCUAGCGAAAAUGCUCGAAAAGUACAAAAAGGCUGACUUUGGGAAAUGCCCUCGUGUGAUGUGCCAUUCACACCCGCUUUUGCCCAUGGGCCUGUCCGACGUGCCAAACGUGAAGCCGGUUAAGCUCUAUUGUGCGAAGUGCGAAGACAUCUACAACCCCAAGUCGUCGCGGCACGCCUCCAUUGACGGCGCCUACUUUGGCACUUCCUUCCACAACAUCCUCUUCCAGGUCUACCCGGCGCUGAUCCCGCCCAAGAGUGUCGAACGCUACGUGCCACGUGUUUACGGCUUCAAGGUACACGCCGCCGCUGCGCUCAUGCGUUGGCAGGACCAGCAGCGCGAGGAUAUGCGUCGCCGCCUGCGCAAGUUGGAGAUUGAUGACGGGUUCAAGGAUGGCGAGAGCGACUUGGAGGAUGAGGAGGAGGAUGAGGAUGAUUUGGAGGAUGAUGAGGAGCAGGGCCAGGGCCAGAGCACUCGCGAGAGCAACAUGCAGCUGGCUGAGUACCGGGGCAGUGGUGCUAUUAGCGUUGCCGGGGCAAGUUCGUACGCUGGAGAGACACAUAUGGGCAGUGUUGCGUAA